AGCAGCAAACGCUGUUUUUCGAAAUAAAAGCUGGUAAAUUAAAUAUAGUUUGAUAUUAAGGUCAGCAAAUGCAACAAACAUUAGUCACAACUUGAAUAUUUUCAAAUAGGCAAUUGGUCCGGCAGCACCACAUGGGUUGUUCUAGGGUUGUUGUCGUUUCGAAAAUUUCGAUGUUUUGAGGUAUCGAUACGCGUGUCUUUAUAAAAACAGCUGCCGUCUCGGCUGUAUCUGCGUUUUUUGCAUAACAAAUUCUUUAAAAUUACCGUAAAACCACAAGAGAAAGUAAUCAAAAUUGCAAAAAAGAAAAAACGAGAACGUAAAGCGAUAAGCCUUGUGUACUUACAAAUAGAAUAACAAAACAAAAAAUGGGACAAUACACGGCGUCGCAGCGCAAGAACGUUAGAAUUUUGCUUGUCGGCGAUGCUGGAGUUGGCAAAACAUCGUUAAUAUUGUCCCUGGUGAGCGAGGAGUAUCCAGAAGAGGUGCCGCCGCGCGCCGAGGAGAUCACAAUACCGGCAAACGUUACGCCCGAACAAGUGCCCACCAAUAUCGUUGACUUUUCGAGUGUGGAGCAAUCGGAUGACGCACUGGCUGUCGAGAUAAACAAAGCGCAUGUCGUGUGCAUUGUAUACGCCGUAGACGAUGACGACUCUCUCGACCGCAUUACAUCCCACUGGCUGCCCCUGGUCCGUUCCACAUGCAACAGCAACAGCUCCACCACAGACGGCGAGCCCGAUGUGGCGCGCAAGCCAAUUGUGCUGGUUGGCAAUAAAAUCGAUUUGAUCGAGUAUUCGACCAUUGACAGCGUUUUGGCCAUUAUGGAGGACUACCCAGAGAUCGAGAGCUGUGUGGAAUGCUCAGCGAAGACGUUGCACAACAUUUCCGAAAUGUUUUACUAUGCACAAAAGGCGGUGCUUCAUCCCACCUCACCGCUGUACAUCAUGGAGGAGCAAAAUCUAACACCUGCCUGCAAGAAGUCGCUGGUGCGCAUAUUUAAGAUAUGCGAUAUUGAUAGUGACAAUCUGCUCAAUGAUUACGAGCUGAACCUGUUCCAAAGGCGCUGCUUUAAUACGCCGCUGCAGCCACAGAUACUGGAUGAGGUGAAGUCCGUGAUACAGAAGAAUGUGCCGGAUGGCAUCUAUAACGAUGCCGUUACGCUGCAGGGAUUCCUCUUUCUGCACUGCCUGUUCAUACAGCGUGGCCGGAACGAGACGACGUGGGCGGUGCUCCGGAGGUUUGGGUACAACGAUCAAUUGGAGAUGUGCAAGGAGUAUUUGCGGCCGCCAUUGAAAAUACCGCCGGGCAGCAGCACGGAGCUAUCGCAUCGCGGCCAGCAAUUUCUGAUAGCGGUCUUCGAGCGCUACGAUCGCGACGGAGAUGGUGCCUUAUCGCCGGAGGAGCACAAAAUGUUAUUCAGCACUUGCCCAUCGCCGCCGUGGUCCUACUCGACGGACAUACGCAAAUCGUGUCCAACCAACGACGACGGCUGGGUGACCCUGCACGGCUGGCUCUGCCGGUGGACUUUGAUGACACUGACCGACGUGGUCAAGACUCUGGAGUAUUUGGCCUAUUUGGGCUUCAAUGUGCACGAGAACGACAGCCAACUGGUGGCCAUACAUGUGACACGCGAGCGUCGCAUUGAUCUGGCGAAGCGGCAGAGCAGUCGCUCCGUCUACAAGUGCCAUGUGAUCGGACCCAAGGGGUCGGGCAAGACUGGACUGUGUCGCGGUUUUCUCAUUGACGACAUGAGCAAGCUGCUGGGCAAAGAGUUCAAGACCAAUGUUGUUCACUGCAUCAACUCGGUGCAGGUUUAUGGCCAGGAGAAGCAUUUAAUAUUGCGCGACAUUGAUGUGCGGCAUGCGCUCGAUCCGCUGCAGCCGCAGGAGGUUAAUUGCGAUGUCGCCUGCCUGGUGUACGAUGCCUCCAAUCCGCGCUCCUUUGAGUAUGUGGCUCGCAUUUACAUUAAAUACUUUGCGGAGAGCAAAAUACCCGUCAUGAUUGUGGGCACCAAGUGUGAUCUGGACGAGCGUCGUCAGGAUUAUCUCAUGCAACCGUCGGAGUUCUGUGAGAAAUACAAGCUGCUGCCGCCGCAUCUGUUCAGCCUGAAGACCAACAAAAAGGAGCUCUAUACAAAGCUGGCCACAAUGGCAGCGUUUCCGCGCUUUCAAGCCGCCUGGAUACUAUUCUACAAGCACAGGUUGGUACAGCUGUGGGAAUCGGCAUAUUUGCGACAAUUUGGACUCAUGACAGAGGAUCCAAAGGUUUGGAUAAAAGCCGGUCUGGGCGUGGCCGCCGCCACUCUCCUUGGCUUCAUUGUGCUCAAGGCGAUAAGUACAACUGGAACGCAUUCACGUUGAGGAUUUGGAUAGCUGACACGAGCUCGUAACUGCCCAGGCAAACAGCGCAAAGCAGACACACACACACACACACAUAUAUAUAUAUAGAUAUACACACCAAAUGUUCAGAAAUUGAUGUAACUUCGUGUAUUUUCGUUUGACUUUUUUCCCUUCAUUUUUGAUCAAAAUUUAUUGUUUAAAAUACCACGUGAAACUA